AUGUCCAUUUCCAAUGACAAAAUCCUUACCAACCUUCCGAUUCUUGAUUCAAAUAGUUAUGACAAAUGGUACAAACAAAUGAAAGUUUUGUUUGGAUAUCAAGAUGUUCUUGAUAUGAUUACCGAUGGCAUUACUCCUCUUGGUGAAGAGGCUACAACAGCGCAACAAGCGAAAUUCAAGGAAGAUAAGAAGAAAGACUACAAGGCCCUCUUCUUGAUUCAUUCUUGCGUCGAUAGUGACAACUUCGAAAAAGUUGGUGAUUGCGACUCGGCGAAGACAGCUUGGGGUAUCCUUGAGAAAGCUUAUGCUGGUGCGGAUAAGGCGAAUGUGGUGAGAUUACAAACUCAUAAGCGGCAGUUUGAGUUACUUCAAAUGGAAGACAAGGAAACGAUUAACGAUUACGUGACACGUGUGACACGCUUGGGGAAUCAAAUGAAGUCGUGUGGUGAAGCUGUUUCCGAACAGAAUUUUGUGUCAAAGAAUUUUGAUGGAAAAGAGUCACAAAAUUCAAGGAAAGGUGAGGGCAGUUCCAAAGGUGGUGGUCAAGACAACUACAAGCGGUUCGACGAAAGUACCAAGAAGUGUUACAAUUGUCAAAAACUUGGGCAUUUCGCAAGAGAGUGUAGAGCGAAACCAAGGGAGAAUCAUGCGGAUGAGGCUAAAGUUGCUAGGCAAGACGUGGAUUAUGAUAACACAGUUCUUGUGAUGAUCAUGGAAGAGAACUACGAUAUUAAAGAGGUGUUAGACAGCAACUAUGACAAGAGGAAGUUGCUGGACAGCAACUAUUGCAGUGCAGAAAAAUCUGCAAAAACGCAUUCGGAGAAAAGCGCAAUGGUAACAGUUCGAGAUGGAGCCCAAGGGAGAAAUGAGUGGUACUUGGACUCAGGAAUCAAGUGUAAUCUCUUGAGUAUUGGCCAAUUGCUUGAGAGGAAUUACAUGAUUCGGAUGGAAAACAAGGUUUUGCGCGUUUUGGACCAAAACGGUGUUUUGAUCCUUAAGGCUCCUAUGGCUGCCAAUAGGACUUUCAAGAUUGAAUCGAAAAUCAUGGAGCAUAGGUGCUUAACUACAGCGGCAAGUCGUGAUGAAUGGUUGUGGCACUACCGUCUUGGACAUUUGAAUUUUCGAGAUCUCAACGCGUUGCAAAAGUAUGAGAUGGUGACCGGACUACCUAGUAUUAAUAGCUGA